CCUGAAGGAGAGGAUGAACCAGUCAGCUGGUGCGGUCUUUAUGAUUCUCAGGUGUCCCACGCGGUAUCGUUCCUGGAGGCUUAUGAUGCGCUUGAGGCCCUGCCUUAGCAGGUUGGGGGCGAUGGUGGCCCCGUUAUUGGCAGCCGACUUUUGACUACCCGCGCCCUGGAGAACACGGAUGUCGUGGCGAGAAUGUUCCGUGAAGCUGGACUCAGCAUGAAUCCUAACGCUACCUCGCGUACCACUGUUACGAUCGGGUAUAUGAUUGCCAGUUCGAACAAUGCGGACCUUGAAACGGCCUUGAACCCGGCCUGGCGGGAUUCGGUGUCACAUUUCGUUCUCGUCUCCGGCUGGCCUGCCGGCGCCCCUGACGAUGUCGUCCGCGCUGUCCGAGAUGAUACGACCUUCAACAAAACGCGGUAUCUUCGGGAUCUAGACCCGGAUAGUGGAGCAUACUUCAAAGAGACGCUUUUGAGCAAGACUGGCAAUUCUCCGCCUUUGGCGGGAAUUAUCCCCGGCUGAGGGCCAUCAAGGAGGAGUAUGACCCGGACGACGUACUCUGGUGCCAUAACUGCGUUGGCAGCGAACCCUGGCUGGAGGACGAGGACGGCAGACUCUGUCGUCAGGACUGGUGGGAAGAGGCACGGGUGCACGAGAACGAUUUGUGAUAAACAAGAUAAUGCGGCUUGUCUAGUCUCGGCCCGGCCCGGCCUUAAAAAUUCCGGGAGUCUCUAGAGCCGGACUGCCGGAGCGGGUAUGAGUGGAGAAGAGACCCACCUCCUCGACUCCUUCCGAUGAUUCGCCCGACGAUGGCACCGGGAAUGAUCUUGGAGCUGUAUUUGUAGUCUGUACGGUAAUCCGGAAGCGUGAAUCUAGCAUUCACUCUUUGUGGCAACUGAACAAUUUCAAGAUAUGC